UUCAGCUGCAAACACAUACGUUUCUUCGCAGAAGCCUGCCUGCUAGUGCUACUCUGUGACGUUUGUAUUGAUAAGCUCCUGCGACGGGUAAUGAACGUAGUCUAAUCUUCAACUGUUCCCCUACUUAAGAAAAAAAAUAAAAAAGUGUCGGGCGCAUCUUCAAAGCACUACAGCUCCCAGCAUCCUGCCUGGUCUCUCGAAUCCCUGCUCAUGUAUAUGUAUGAAUCGCUUCUGCAGUGAGCUGGAUAUUAAUGUGUUUUAAGGAGGUGGCUCUGUAGUUGGCUGAGGGAGACAGCGCUCACAUGCAUUUAGCGAUUUAACCAGCAUCCCAAUGCAGAGACUGCAUGAUCAUCCUAAUGGCAACCAGCGAGGAGGAAUGCGCUAUUAACAACACAGACAGCGAUCGUCCGCGAAUGUGUUUUAUUAAGAUUUUUCCCUAGCAAGGGAAAUAAGAUAUUCAUUUUGAAUUUUUUGCUCAAGAACAGAACCUGCUAUGAUGUCUCUGAAAAGAGGGGUUUCUUUUCUGUGCAUCUUUGGAGCGAUGUACCUCGUCCAUUCCAACAAACCUACCCGACAAAUAGGAGACGCCUUAUUGAAUGGAAAAGCGAGUCGGAAUGAUAGCAGGUUCAUUGGAAGGGAAAAUACCCUCCCUCUCCGUUUAAUUUACCGCAUGGACAACGACAUCCAAACCGAGCAUCAUAUACUGAAUACCAGGAUAAAAACAAGUUCAGCCUUACAGUCUACACAUGUUGCACAAGCAAGCUUUCAAGUCGACGCAUUUGGGUCGACAUUUAUUCUAGAUGUGGAACUAAACCAUGAUUUGCUCUCUUCCAAGUACGUUGAAAGGCAUAUUGCAGAAGGAGGAAAGUCUGUAAGUUCUAAGGGUGGAGAGCACUGUUACUAUCAAGGCACAAUCCGAGGGGUGCCAGGAUCGGUUGUGGCUCUUUCAACAUGUCAUGGACUCCAUGGGAUGUUCUUUGAUGGAAAUCACACCUAUAUGAUCGAGCCAGGUGAAAGCAACGACUCUGCUGAUUCUAAUUUCCACAUGGUUUACAAAACAGCUAGUUUGGACAUACCACUGGAUAUUCAAAGAAAUGACACACAUCCAACAUUUUCUGCUACACCUGUACGCUUAAGGAGAAAAAGACAGGUGUCUCGUAUUCCUCGCAAUGUUGAAGAUGAGAAGAAAUAUGUCGAGCUAAUGAUUGUAAAUGAUCACCUGAUGUUUAAAAAACAUCGCCUGUCUCUUGGUCAUACUAAUAACUACGCCAAAUCAGUUGUGAAUAUGGCUGAUAUAAUAUUCAAAGAACAGCUGAACACAAGGAUUGUCUUAGUUGCCAUUGUCACCUGGACUGUUGACAAUAAGUUCAACAUCGAUGACAAUCCAAUUCUAACCUUGCGUGAAUUCAUGAAGUACAGAAGAGAUUUCAUCAAAGAAAAGUGUGACUCUGUUCAUCUGUUCUCAGGAAGCCGAUUCCAUAGCAGUCUGGGUGGGGCUGCGUACCUGGGUGGCGUUUGCUCUUUAACUAAAGGCGGAGGAGUAAAUGAGUAUGGAAAAGCAGAUGAAAUGGCUAUUACACUGGCACAGACCUUGGGACAAAACAUUGGAAUCUUUUCAGACAAGAAAAAAAUGAUCAAUGGAGAAUGCAAGUGUGAAGAUACAUGGUCUGGCUGCAUAAUGGAAGACAUUGGCUACUACCUUCCUAAAAAGUUCUCCCAGUGUAACAUGGAAGAAUACAAUAAUUUCUUAAACAGUGGAGGCGGGUCCUGUCUCUUCAAUAAACCGUCAAAGCUGUUAGACCCUCCUGAAUGUGGUAACGGAUUCAUUGAACCAGGGGAAGAGUGUGACUGUGGCAGUCCUGCGGAAUGCUUGAAGGAAGGAGGAGAUUGCUGCAAAAUGUGCACACUAACACAGGGCUCAAAAUGCAGCGAUGGCCUCUGUUGUAAGAACUGCCAGCUGGAACGAAUGGGGGCUGUGUGCCGGGACGCUGUGAACGACUGUGACAUUCCAGAGAACUGCACUGGGAAUUCAAGCCAGUGUCCUCUAAACAUUCAUAAAAUGGAUGGGUACACCUGUGAGAGAGAUCAGGGUCGUUGUUUUAAUGGGCGAUGCAAAACUAAAGAUGGUCAAUGCAAAUAUAUUUGGGGUGAAAAAGCAACAUCUGCAGACAAAUUUUGUUACGAGAAAUUGAACAUAGAAGGGACAGAAAAAGGAAAUUGUGGCAAAGACAAAGACACUUGGAUUCAGUGCAAUAAACAAGAUGUGCAUUGUGGAUAUCUCCUAUGUUCCAAUAUCUCACCUGCUCCCAGGCUGGGGGAGCUUCAGGGCGGCUUGACUUCCUUCUCCGUAGUACAACAAAGCACAGCUUUAGACUGCAGUGGUGGUCAUGUGAUUGAUGGCGAUACUGACCUGGGGUAUGUGGAAGAUGGCACACCUUGUGGAGCGGAUAUGAUGUGUUUUGACCACAGAUGUGUUUCUGUAAAGGCGUUUAAUUUCAGCACUUGCCCUGGUACCACUGAUACGAGAAUCUGUUCAGGGCAUGGGAUUUGCAGUAAUGAGCUGAGGUGUGUUUGUCACAGACACUGGAUUGAGGAUGACUGUGGUAUUUACUCCCCCUUCAAAAAUUCUUUAGCCAUUAAUGAAGCAGUUACACCCAGAGGUAUCGGUAGCACAAAUAUCAUCAUAGGUGCCAUUGCAGGUACCAUCCUGGUGCUGGCUCUCAUUUUAGGAAUCACAGCAUGGGGUUAUAAAAACUAUCGCAAACGAAGACAAAUGCCACCGGGCGACUAUGUUAAAAAGCCUGGGGAUGCCGACUCCUUCUAUAGUGACAUGCCUCCUGGAGUCAGCACAAACUCUGCAUCUAGUUCUAAGAAGAGGUCUGCUUAUCUGUCGCAUUUUCAGAUAUAUACCUGUUCCUUCACUCGUUCCAUCCCCUCCAUUAGUCAGAACAUUUCAUUGUUUGGCCUCAGAUCAAAUGGAUUGUCUCAUUCAUGGAGUGAAAGAAUCCCAGACUCCAAAAACAUCUCUGACAUCUGUGAAAACGGACGCCCUCGAAGUAACUCCUGGCAAGGAAACCUAGGAGGCAACCGAAAGAAACUCAAAGGAAAAAAAUUCAGGCAACGCUCAAACUCAACUGAGUAUUUAAACCCAUGGUUCAAAAGAGAAUAUAAUAUAGCUAAGUGGGUUGAAGAUGUGAAUAAAAACACUGAUGGACCAAAUAUUAGGACAUUAUCACCAGCCAAAUCCCCUACUUCAUCAACUGGCUCCAUUGCAUCUAGCAGGAAGUAUCCAUACCCCAUGCCACCCCUUCCAGACGAGGAGAGGAAGACUAAAAGGCAAAGUGCCCGGCUAUGGGAGACGUCAAUAUAGAGCUCUUCUUCUUUACUUCGGAACUACUACUCAAUGCUUCCACUUUUAUAGAAAAAAAAUAAUCCAGAAUCACUCUGUGGACGUCCAAGAAUGACCUGCUCAUUACAAUGAACCUUUUAGAGAGGAUGCUAUGUUAACUUGUUGUGCCCUCCUUGAGUACACAUUCUCAGCUUCAGACUGCAUAUCCGAAGGAAACAGAACAUAUACCUUCUAUAUAUAAAUAUAAAUACAUUAUAAAAAACAAUCCGCAUGGCACUAAAUAUUUUGGGAGGGAAUAUUUCUGACCGCCAAGCCCCCCAUCCCAAAAAUAGAGGGGUUCUCUUUUGAUUGUUGUUGUAUCUAAUGCAAUUAAAACAGGACACCGUGCGAAGGAUUUAUUUAAUACUUUGAAGCACGCGAUCGCUGUAGAAAUAAAACACUGUAUGCAUGAAACGUGUUUAUCAAUUUCUGUAGUGUUUUAAAGAACAAAACGCAUUGGAGGGUAGCAUGUGGGAGAUGGAAAUGAUGUAGGAUUUUAAACCCAAUUCAUAUUUUCGCUUCUUUGAUGCUCAACAGUCUUUCUCAUUUCAACGGUUACAGGCAAGAUAAGAGCCCAGUUCUGUUUUAUUCUUGUGUUGUGUUUUUGCUAUCAGUAAUAAAUUGUAAAUAUGUACAGCUCUGAAACAAUCAUCAGAUGGAUUCUUUAGUUUGUUUAGUUGUUUUUUUUUUUUUUAUGACUACUUUCAGAAAUGUCUUACUUUGUUAACAUUUGGCAAUAUAAACUUUAGGGGUUGUGUAAAAGCUGGAAAAAACAGUAUUACUAAACUUGUAUACUAUUACUGCUUGUUGCUUUAUGCUUUCCCCUUCUCAUGCACGUAACUAAUUAUUGUAACUUGGGGGGGAAUCGAAACAUAUAUCACAGUACUGUAAGAAACAGGGAUUUCAGAUGGAAAGUGUGCAUCAAGAUCUGAAGAACAAUACAGUCUACUACCAAAUCACUGAUAUGUAAUGGAAAUUAAUACGGAAUCAUGUUAGAUAUUUACAUAUCCAAUACUGGCUUGGAAGGUUAAACUUUUAACCUGAUGUGACAACAGAUACAUAUUUGGUAACAGAAUCGGCAUUAUCUUGUUUAUCAGAAAUAAGAAAAAUAAUUUGAUUUUCUAUUUCUUGAUGCUAUUGCCUGGGUUAGUUAAACAUCUUGCACUGUCAGAUAGAGAAUGCACUUACACAUAGAAUAGUCGUUUUACCGCACAACCUUUUAAAUAGAGCAUUUGAAAUAUUUAAUACACAACAUAUGUAGAUAUCCUGUGUUAAUAGGACCUGCUUUGUUACAAAUUAAGUAAUUCUUUUUGUAACAUGGCAAGAGAACUUAAGUACAUCAUAUAUGUAAUACCAUAUGCUUUAUAGCACAGUUCCACAAGAAUGUGGAUUUGUGUAUACUGUAGGCAGCAUUAGUAUUACUCUAAACAUAACAUUUUUUAAUCAUAAAUAUAUAAACAUGAAAAAAAUUGCUGAAUGAUGGAGUACUGCUUUAUAAAUGACUAUAAUGGACUAUAAAUAUGUUGCUGUUCUAUUUGAGAGUAAGUUACAAAUGCUUUGUUUUUCAGUAUUAGAAACAAGAAUACAGCUGUACUUAUUUUUUUAGAGGAAGUGUGGGUAUUUUUUCAUACCUGCUGAUUACCAUGCAAGUGAGUGACAUAAAUUGUUAGAAAAAAAAACUCAUGGAACCAUCGAGCUUGAAUGUAUUACUCAUGUUACAAGAUCUUAAAAAGUGUGUUCUCACCAAAGUGACUGGUAUAACACCUGCAUCUUUAACUUGCUAAUAUCUGCUGACCUGCAUUUUUUAUUCUGUUUAGGUGAUUUGCAACUGUAAACCUCAUGUUAUCGCAGUCUCUUUUUUCUGUAUUGUAAAUAGAGCAACACUGUAAAUCAAUGGCCACCAUUUUUUUCUGAAAAUAUUAAUACUGCUCAAUCUUGUAAUAUAUUUAAUAAAACAGUACCUUUCAGUGACA